AUGUCCGCAACCUCACACAAGCCCCUCGUCGUUGUGCUAGGAGCAACCGGUGGCCAAGGCGGAUCUGUCAUCAGAGCGCUGCGAGGAAACCCCAAGUAUCGUCUUCGAGGUACAACUCGCAAUGUCGAGGGCACGGCAGCAAGGGAACUGGCCAACCAAGGGGUUGAAGUUGUUGCGGCACAGCUAGACGACAAGGCCAGUCUCCUAAGGGCUUUCCGAGGCGCGAGCAUCGUUUUCGCGGCCACCGACUUCUACGAGACGAUGCGGACAUCGGACAGCUGGCAUGCGAUGAACGUCGAAUAUCAACGAGGUGUGAACAUCGCAGAGGCGGCUGUGGAGGUGCCUACCCUGCAACAUUUUAUUUGGAGCACGCUUCCGUCCGCCCACAAGCUAUCCCAGGCCCAGUUCUUUGUGCCGCACUUCGAAGCCAAAGCCAAGGUGGACGAGUUUAUCAAGUCCAAGCCUCAAUUGCUAGAAAAGACGACCUUCUUUUGGGUCUCUUUCUUUGGCGACAACCUUCUCAAACCAACCUUUCGGCCCCUGCCCAGCGGAAGGGAGAAUCACCACCUCCUGCUUCUGCCCACUUCGCCCGACACUCGCGUAGGCUUCAUCGGCGACCAGAGGACGAAUGUGGGCAUCUUCAUCUCGGCUAUCAUCGAGCAACGCGAACGGACACUGGGGAAGUACGUCUUUGGAAAUGUGGAGACACUCUCGUGGCGGGACUAUAUGGCGCUGUGGACGUCCGUCACGGGAAAGGCAGUUCAAAUUGUCGAAGUAACCGCCGCUCAUUACUGUGAAAUGUUUCCGAAUUACGGCAUGGAGAUGAUCUCGAUGUUCUUCUUUUGGAACAAGUACCCGGAUGCUGCGUGGUCAGGAGAGAACGUCCUCUCUGCUGUAGACCUUGGCAUUAAUGACAAACUCGUCGGUCUCAGGGAGUCUUUGCAGGCACUUUACCAGUAG